CCAGCCGCGCCCGCGCCCCCGCCUCCCGCAGCCGCAGCCGCUGCCUCGGGCAUUGGCCCCCAGACCCCCGCCUCUGAUCCACGCCCAGACCCUAGAGCCAGAGGGCCAUGGCCGGCCAGGGGGACUGCUGCGUCAAGGUGGCCGUCAGGAUCCGGCCCCAGCUGUCAAAGGAGAAGAUUGAGGGCUGUCACAUCUGUACCUCUGUUACCCCGGGAGAGCCCCAGGUCCUGCUGGGGAAGGACAAGGCCUUCACCUAUGACUUUGUCUUCGACCUGGACACCUGGCAAGAACAGAUCUAUUCCACCUGUGUGAGCAAGCUCAUCGAGGGCUGCUUCGAGGGCUAUAAUGCCACGGUGCUGGCCUAUGGGCAGACAGGGGCUGGGAAGACGUACACCAUGGGCACUGGCUUUGACAUGGCAACGUCGGAGGAGGAGCAGGGCAUCAUUCCGAGGGCCAUCGCACACCUCUUUGGGGGCAUUGCGGAGCGCAAGCGUCGGGCACAGGAGCAGGGCAUGGCUGGACCUGAGUUCAAAGUCAGCGCCCAGUUUCUGGAGCUCUACAAUGAGGAGAUCCUUGACCUGUUUGACAGCACCCGUGACCCUGACGCCCGCCCCCGCAGGUCCAACAUCAAGAUCCUGAGGACGCAAACCGGUGCACUACACCCACCCGGCGUCACUUCUCGCCUCAUCCACUCCCAGGAGGAAGCUGAUCCAGUCCCUGAAGCAGGGGGCCCUGUCCCGCACCACACGCCGCACCGGAUGAACGUGCAGAGCGCACGCUCCCAUCGCCAUCUUUACCAUCCCACCUGUGCCAAGAUGCGCAUGUGCACCCACGCCGACCUGGGUGAGGAGCCUGCAGGGGCCCAGGAGCCAGCUGUGCUACAGGGAGGAGUAGAUUGCAUUCUGGAGCAGGCCAGCUCUAAAGCAGCUGGCACCACCCAUAAUUCCCGAGCCCUCACUUCCUGCUUCGUGUUUCCACUGAUCCAGUGCCGAAGCAGGGGCCCUGUCCCGCACCAGCAGCCCAGCACCCAGAUGAACUGCAGAGCUCCGCUCCCCAUGCCAUCUUUACCUCCCUGUGGCCAGAUGCGCAUGUGCACCCAGCCAGACCUGGUGAAUGAGGCGGUGACUGGGCUUCCUGAUGGUACACCUCCCUCGAAUGAGUAUGAGACACUCACCGCUAAGUUUCACUUUGUGGACCUGGCCGGCUCAGAGCGGCUGAAGCGGACAGGGGCUACUGGCGAGCGGGCCAAGGAGGGCAUCUCCAUCAAUUGUGGCCUGCUGGCCUUGGGCAAUGUGAUCAGCGCCUUAGGGGACCAGAGCAAGAAGGUGGUGCACGUCCCCUACAGGGACUCCAAGCUCACUCGGCUCCUCCAGGAUUCGCUGGGGGGCAACAGCCAGACCAUCAUGAUCGCCUGUGUGAGCCCCUCAGACCGAGACUUCAUGGAGACCCUCAACACCCUCAAAUAUGCCAAUCGAGCCCGCAACAUCAAGAACAAGGUGGUAGUGAACCAGGACAAGACCAGCCAGCAAAUCAGCGCACUGCGGGCUGAGAUUGCUCGGCUGCAGAUGGAGCUGAUGGAGUAUAAGGCGGGCAAGCGAGUGAUAGGAGAGGAUGGCGCUGAGGGCUAUAGCGACCUGUUCCGGGAGAAUGCCAUGCUACAGAAGGAGAAUGCGGCCCUGCGGCUGCGGGUGAAAGCCAUGCAGGAGGCCAUCGACGCCAUCAAUAACCGCGUCACCCAGCUCAUGAGCCAGGAGGCCAACCUGCUGCUAGCCAAGGCUGGCGAUGGCAAUGAGGCCAUUGGCGCACUGAUCCAGAACUACAUCCGGGAGAUCGAAGAGCUGCGGACAAAGCUCCUGGAGAGUGAAGCCAUGAACGAGUCCCUGCGCCGCAGCCUCUCACGGGCCUCGGCUAGGAGCCCCUACUCCCUGGGUGCCUCUCCAGCCGCCCCGGCCUUCGGGGGCAGCCCAGCCAGCUCCAUGGAGGAUGCCUCGGAGGUGAUCCGUAGGGCCAAGCAGGACCUGGAGCGGCUAAAGAAGAAGGAGGUCAGGCAGCGCAGGAAGAGCCCCGAGAAGGAAGCCUUCAAAAAGAGGGCAAAACUCCAACAGGAGAACAGUGAGGAGACGGAUGAGAACGAGGCCGAGGAGGAGGAGGAAGAGCGAGACGAGAGUGGCUGUGAGGAGGAAGAAGGGCGAGAGGAUGAAGACGAGGACUCGGGCAGUGAAGAGAGCCUGGUGGACUCAGACUCAGACCCUGAGGAGAAGGAGGUGAACUUCCAGGCGGACCUGGCCGACCUGACUUGUGAGAUCGAAAUCAAGCAGAAGCUGAUCGACGAACUGGAGAACAGCCAGCGGCGGCUGCAGACGCUCAAGCACCAGUAUGAGGAAAAGCUGAUUCUGCUGCAGAACAAGAUCCGAGACACACAGCUGGAGCGCGACCGCGUGCUGCAGAACCUCAGCACCAUGGAGUGCUACACGGAGGAGAAGGCCAACAAGAUCAAGGCAGACUAUGAGAAGAGGCUGCGGGAGAUGAACCGGGACCUGCAGAAGCUGCAGGCCGCCCAGAAGGAGCACGCCCGGCUGCUCAAGAACCAGUCGCGCUAUGAGAGGGAGCUGAAGAAGCUACAGGCCGAGGUGGCUGAGAUGAAGAAGGCCAAGGUGGCCCUGAUGAAGCAGAUGCGUGAGGAGCAGCAGCGGCGGCGGCUAGUGGAGACCAAGAGGAACCGGGAGAUCGCACAGCUCAAGAAGGAGCAGCGACGACAGGAGUUUCAGAUCCGAGCUCUGGAGUCCCAGAAGCGGCAGCAGGAGAUGGUCCUGAGGAGGAAGACCCAGGAGGUUUCUGCACUGAGGCGCCUGGCCAAGCCCAUGUCUGAGCGGGUGGCAGGGCGGGCAGGACUAAAGCCACCCAUGCUGGACUCUGGGGCCGAGGUGUCGGCCAGCACUACCUCAUCUGAGGCUGAAUCAGGGGCCCGCUCUGUCUCCAGCAUCGUGCGCCAGUGGAACCGCAAAAUCAACCACUUCUUGGGGGACCACCCUGCGCCCACUGUCAAUGGCACCCGGCCUGCCCGAAAGAAGUUCCAGAAGAAGGGGGCCAGCCAGAGCUUCAGUAAGGCAGCAAGGCUCAAGUGGCAGUCCCUGGAGCGACGGAUCAUCGACAUCGUCAUGCAGAGAAUGACCAUUGUCAACCUGGAGGCUGACAUGGAGCGACUCAUCAAGAAAAGGGAGGAGCUGUUCCUCCUGCAGGAGGCACUGCGGAAGAAGCGGGAGCGGCUGCAGGCUGAGAGCCCCGAGGAAGAGAAGGGGCUACAGGAGCUGGCCGAGGAGAUCGAGGUGCUGGCAGCCAACAUUGACUACAUCAAUGAUAGCAUCACCGACUGCCAGGCCACCAUCGUGCAGCUAGAGGAGACCAAGGAGGAGCUGGACUCCACAGACACAUCCGUGGUCAUCAGCUCCUGCUCCCUGGCUGAAGCCCGCCUCCUGCUGGACAACUUCCUCAAGGCAUCCAUUGAUAAGGGACUGCAAGUGGCACAAAAGGAAGCCCAGAUCCGGCUGCUGGAGGGUCGACUGAGGCAGACAGAUAUGGCAGGCUCCUCCCAGAACCAUCUGCUCCUGGACGCCCUGCGUGAGAAGGCCGAGGCUCACCCCGAGCUGCAGGCCCUCAUCUACAAUGUGCAGCAGGAGAACGGCUAUGCCAGCACCGAUGAGGAGAUCUCAGAGUUCUCUGAGGGGAGCUUCUCCCAGUCAUUCACCAUGAAAGGGUCCACCAGCCAUGAUGAUUUCAAGUUCAAGAGUGAACCCAAGCUGUCUGCCCAAAUGAAAGCUGUGUCGGCCGAGUGCCUGGGUCCCCCACUGGAUAUCUCCACCAAGAACAUCACCAAGUCCCUGGCCUCCCUUGUUGAGAUCAAAGAGGAUGGAGUGGGCUUAUCUGUCCGAGACCCCUAUUACCGGGACAGGGUCUCGCGCACCGUCAGCCUGCCUACCCGGGGCAGCACUUUCCCCAGGCAGUCUCGAGCCGCAGAGACGUCCCCGCUGACGAGAAGGAAGUCCUAUGACCGAGGGCAGUCCAUUAGGUCCACAGAUGUGGGAUUCACACCCCCAUCAUCCCCUCCCACUCGGCCCCGCAAUGACCGAAAUGUCUUCUCUCGUCUCACCAGUAAUCAGAGCCAGGGGUCAGCGCUGGACAAGUCUGAUGACAGCGACUCCUCUUUGUCGGAGGUCCUGAGGGGCAUCAUCUCCCCGGUUGGAGGAGCCAAGGGUGCACGGACAGCCCCACUGCAGUGCGUCUCCAUGGCCGAAGGCCACACCAAGCCCAUCCUCUGCCUGGAUGCCACGGAUGAGUUGCUAUUCACAGGAUCCAAAGACCGAAGCUGCAAGAUGUGGAACUUGGUUACGGGACAGGAGAUCGCAGCUCUAAAGGGCCACCCCAACAAUGUGGUCUCCAUCAAGUACUGCAGCCACUCGGGGCUUGUGUUCUCCGUGUCCACCUCCUACAUCAAGGUGUGGGACAUCCGGGACUCAGCCAAGUGCAUUCGGACUCUCACAUCCUCAGGCCAGGUGAUCUCAGGGGAUGCCUGUGCCGCCACGUCCACCCGUGCCAUCACCAGUGCUCAGGGUGAGCAUCAGAUCAACCAGAUCGCCCUCAGCCCUUCGGGCACCAUGCUGUACGCCGCCUCGGGCAACGCCGUCCGCAUCUGGGAGCUUAGCAGGUUCCAGCCUGUCGGCAAGCUGACUGGCCACAUCGGUCCUGUGAUGUGCCUGACGGUCACCCAGACAGCCAGCCAGCACGACCUUGUGGUGACUGGCUCCAAGGACCACUACGUUAAGAUGUUCGAGCUGGGCGAGUGUGUGACGGGCACCAUUGGCCCCACUCACAACUUUGAGCCCCCGCACUACGACGGCAUCGAGUGUCUCGCCAUCCAGGGAGACAUCCUGUUCAGUGGCUCCCGAGAUAAUGGCAUCAAGAAGUGGGACCUAGACCAGCAGGAGCUCAUCCAGCAAAUCCCCAAUGCACACAAGGACUGGGUGUGCGCCCUGGCCUUCAUCCCAGGCCGCCCCAUGCUGCUCAGCGCCUGCCGUGCGGGCGUCAUCAAGGUCUGGAACGUGGACAACUUCACGCCCAUCGGUGAGAUCAAGGGGCACGACAGCCCCAUCAAUGCCAUCUGCACCAAUGCCAAGCACAUCUUCACAGCCUCCAGUGACCUGACGGUGAAGUUCUGGAGUGUCCGGCGGUUACCCCACAGCGGCCCACCCUAGGAGUGAGGUCAGAGGGAUGCCCCCGGACCCUCGACCCCGGCAGCCUGGACAGCAUGGAAGGGAAGCUGUGACCCAGCCGAUGGGGCCAGCUGCCCUGGGGACAGAGGGCGUGGCCCCCUCUCCUGUCCUCCUCCCUCUCCCUUGGCCUUCCCACAGGACACUGUUCCCUCAGUCCCUCUCCUGCCUCUCUGGAGCCUCUGGGUGAGAGAGGGGCUGGGGAGGAAAUCAAGCUGUGAAGCCAAAGGGCAUUAUCCCUUCUUGUUCCACUCCCAGUGGUCCUGGCCACAUUGUCUCCUGCUGAACUGGCUCUGCCCCUUUCUCAGGCCUUUGGCCCAGUGGUGGGGCCCUGUGGGGAGGUGCAGCAGCCUGGCCCCAUCCCACCCUUCCGAGGAGCUGGCCUCCCCCCGCCUCCCAGCCCAGCCUCUAGAGCCACUGCACCUGCCUCUGAGCCCAAAAAGAUAGUCCUCAGGUAGCUAAGGAAACCAGGUGUGGGCGGCUGGGCCUUGCAGCUAACCCUUAACCCUCUGGCCACCCGCAGAUAGCCCCAGCUGGCCCCAACAAUUCCCUGGGGUCCCCUUCAGAUGGGGCCAAGAUAGAGCUGCUAGAAAGAUUCCUUUGGGGAGACAGUCAGAAAUACUUCAGUUAUUUAUUUUGUUAUUUUUAUUUUUUGCUGUUGCCUCCUGGAAACUGACUUGAAGUUUCUUCCCAUAUAUUCUUUCCCUCAGCUCUUGGGGGCCAGAAAUUCCAAAGGGAGUCCGCUGCCCCGGCCCUCCAGGGCCGCCUCCUCUGUUUGCUUUGCGGAGGAGGGAACUGCUCCUUUCACUCUGCAGCUUGGACCUGUCCCCGACACAGCCCCCAGGGAGCCUUCUAGCGUACCCCCUGGCCUCUAGGCCGCCUGACGCUCAGUGCCUUCCUCCGUUCCGGGGCCUGGCACCCGUGCCGGGCAGCCUUACACCAGCCAUGCCCGUGGCACCACAUGUGUCUUCUCACUCGCGAGGUCUGGUGCCCAGCGCCCCUGGGAAGGCGGGGGCGCUCACCCCACAGCCCAGGCCCCGGGGUUCCACCCCAGAGUCCUGCGUGGGCCACGUAGGAAGCAGCGUGGGGGCUGUGUCUGCUGGGAGGCGGCUAGGAUGGGGAAGACGGCCCGGCACCCUGGCCCCCGCCCCUCCCCAGCCCUGCAGCCCCGCACUGGGCCGGGGAGUCUCUCCAGCUUCUCUCUCUCUGGUUAUUCAGGAGACACAUUUUCAGCCUUAAAACUGGCAUGGAGCGCAGGCCCUCCCUUGUAGGAAAUUAUCAAGGAGGAGGGCGUCGGCAGUUCCUCUGCCCCGGGGCUGGGGACACCGAGCUCAGGACACCGAGCUCCGGGGAGGUUGUUAAAUCAGUGUUCUGGCGCCCCCUGUUGGGGAAACUCUGGAAUUACAGGAGUGGGCCUUGGGAGGUACAGAGCUCCAUCCCUCUCCCCCGCCCCACCGCCACCCAAAGUUGCCCACUCUGUUUUUCCCUUGCUUCGCUGGUCUUGUGCUUCCCGGCUUCAGUCUGGGAGCCAAGAGCCAGCCCCACCUCCCUUCAGAGGACGCAGUGACUUGGACUUACCGGAGGUGGUUCUGUGUUUCUGCCCUUGGCUCCUCUCCAUCUUGGGCCAGGGCAUUUGGAGCCCUCUCCAUGUGGCGCCCAGUGUUGUGGGGAGGCAGGCCCCAGUGGAGGUUAAGUGAGGCCUGGUCCCUUCCCCGUGCCCUCCUCGGAGCUGCCACAGAGGCUAAGAAGGCUGUCCUGCUGGUGCUGGCCCUGCUGGAAGUGGUAUUGAAGUCUGGGCCUGCUGAUGGCAGGAAGGAGACUGCCUCAGUUGCUGGUCUCCCAGGACCUGAACAGUCUGUCUGCAAUGACUGGAAAUCCUUCUUCCUCUGGCCACCCUGGGGGUGCUGGGUAACCCCUUAGCUCUGAGAUGUGGCCACAAAUCUCUUCCCACUCCUCUCCAUCCCUCCCCACCUGAACAGAAGGUUUUGACCUUGCAACCUGUAAGAAAGAAUCCGUCCGCAUGACUGUUUACAAGCGAUAGAAACACAUAAGACUCUGUCCCCUGAGCUCCCACAGCUGGGCGGGGGAUGCCCCACCUGGGGUGACUGCACUGUAGCUGCAAGGCGUGUUCUCACACGAAGUGUGAUCUUACGGCCCCGCGAGAGGUGCUCAUCAUCAUUGCCCAUUUUCCGCUGUUUCCGAUGGGUCAGCUACCUCACGGCGGGGCCAGCUCUGCUGUCCUGGCAAGUGUCAUUGACUCUCUAAACUUGAAGUCCUUCAGGAGCCCUGAGCCCAGCAUCCCUGAGACACCCCAAGUUGUGCUCCAUGAGAGUUGGAGUCUCUGCCCACUCUUUCAGGGAUGUCCAGGGUCCAUCGUUAGGGGGCAGGCCCCCAGCUCCAAUCACUGCACAAGCACCCUAAGUGUUGGAAGCACAAAAUGGUUGUGAUUUGAGCACAAUGGCAGGGUCUCGCAGGCAGACUGGAUAGACCCGGGCCUGGGAAGUUCCUCCCAGGUUGCCUCUGUCCAAAGUGAGAUUGGGGAUGCCUGCGUCUGGGACAGGGGGCUGCCCUUGCUCAGACCAGGCCUUGGCCCAUGGCUCGUGCUAAUUCUGGGACUCGCCAGCUAACUUCUCACCCUUCUGUGCCCAUCUUAAGAUCUGAGCCUUGUCAGGCCCAGCCACAUCUGUAUACCAUGGGACCAGGAGUAAAGCGCUCUCUAAACCCCGCACCCCAAAUCUCUAAACGCCUGAGUUCAGGCUGAGUCCUAGCCCUAGUGAGCCCGAAGAGCUUGCUCUGAUUCCCUGUCUCCUGGGUCAAGCCCCACUUUGUGCUUUCGAAGCUUAUGAGCGGGUUCCCUGGAUAGAAGGAGUCUUCCAUCCCCACUGCCCUUGGGCCUCUUCAGCAUAGUCCUGUGCCGGGGCCCCGUCCUCACUGUCAGUCAGUUCAGUAUUUGCUUUCAUGUGAGUGACGGACUCCUCUGAGGCAGCCGGAACUCUCAAAGGCAGCGCCUGGAGCUGCCUUGCGAGAUUUCCAAGGAAGGAGGAAAGACUAACAGGCGGAGGCUGGCACACCCAAGCCUUUGAGGUGGUCAGAGUGCCACCUUCAGCCCCUUGGGAAGGGACAGCGGUGGAUCUGGGAAUGGCCUCGCCCUGGAUUCAGCCUAGGAAUCUCUUCAUCCUCAGCUGUCCAGCCCUGCUGCCUGUCUGGGGCUGUGUGGCCUGGGCAGAGGGCAGUUUAAAGCACAAAACCACAUGGGGAAAACACGAGGUCACGGGGACUUUCUCAUGUGCCUGAUGUGGUGGAGGGAGACACCGGCAGGCGGCUGCAGUGAAGUUAGGGAACAUAACACUUCUUUGCCCUGCUAACUCUCAGCUCUAGGGGGCAUCCCCCGAUGUGGUCUGGGCUGGGAGCAGGCAUAUCCCCUGGUUGUUGCCUGUGCCUGGUCUGUUCACCAUCGUGUUUGUGUGGGCAGAACCUGCCCUGCAGGAGCAGUGACUUCCCACUGUGUGUCCCGGACCUGUGGUAUGUGUCCCUUUGCCAUCCCAAACAGGCAACUGCUCACUGCUCUCCUCGCUUGGCAUAGCCUCCUGGUCAGUGGCCAAUGCCCCACAGGCCUUCCUGGGCCUGGCCCUCCUCUCUUGACUGCCAGAUCCUUCCCUGCCGUCUUGUGUGCAAGGACAGAUUUUGCAGGGAAAGUUCUGUGUCUUCUUUGAUAUCUUUGUUCUGUCCCCUGCCCCAUCCCCAGCACUCAUGAUCUUGAAGCCCCCAUCACACCCCAGUUCAGUCCCGUGAGCCAUGUCCUGAGGGCCUUGCAGGGAAGUAGGAAGUAGAAACUGCUUCACAAAGAGCCGCGGGUCAGAGAAGACCCCUGAGAUGAAUCAGGGCCCUGCCCUGCCCACCAGCUCUUUUCUAGCAAUCAUGCCCUGCCCAGGCUGCAGGCUUCAUUAGACUCCUGCUGUCCUCCGCGAUGUGACUAGCACAAGGUGUAUAUAUGUUUUGUACCUCUGCCGAUGGCUGUACAUAGUGUAUGAAACUUAUUUAAGCCUCAUGUUGUACAUUUCUGUUCCUAGAUUGGAUGUGUGUGUUCUAAGAAGUUGUCAUAAAUAAAACCUGAAUGACCAAUGUC